UAACAAUGGGGGAGCCGAAGGACCUUGACAAGCUACUGAUAGAGCUAAAAGAAUGGGUCGCCGCACAGCCUCACGUGCCUAAGGAUAUGGAUGACAAGCUGCUCCGCCGUUUCCUGCACAGCUGUUACUACGACAUGGAAAAGGCCCAGAAGGCCAUCGAAAGCUUCACGAGUCUUCGGGCGUCGACGCCGGAGCUCUUUGUGAAACGGGACCCAAUGUCGCCGCAAGUGCAGAAUGCCCUAAAAAUUGUGAACCUAGGCCAGGUAAAGGCACCAGGCAACCGCAACCUUUUCAUCUGGCAACUAAACGACCCUGGCCUCGAGAACUACGACUAUCUGCAGGAUGCCCGAAUGUUCUUCCUUAGCACAGACGCCUGGCUGCUUGAGGAAGAGAAUCUAGAAGAGCAUGACAUCGCCAUCUUGGAUGUUAAAGAUAUCACACUGAAGAUCUUGACUAAGAUAAACCUGUCUCUUGCGAAAAAACUGUCUAAAUAUCAGGAGGAAGCAAUGCCGAUCCGGCUAAAGCAGGUCCACGUGGUCAAUGCGCCACCCUUCAUCGACAAAGUGUUCUCAAUCAUGAAGCAAUUCAUGAACAGGGAUAUGAGCGAAAUGAUCCACUUCCACGUGCCCAAGUCAGAUACUCUAUUCAAGUACUUCAGCCGCGACGAACUGCCGAAAGAUUUCGGCGGUAACCUGGAAUCCUUGGAGUACUACAACAAUAGGCUGCAUAACGUCCUGCUAAAACAUAGGGAAAUUUUGAGCAAGGACGACCUUUGGAGAGCGCCCGAGAAGAAAUCCAAGAAAUCUAAAGGUUCUAAGAAAGAAUUAGUCGCCGACGUCCCAGAAGUGGAUUCAUUCCGGUCUCUUGCCAUAGACUAAAAAGACAAAACAUAGAGUCUGUAUCCGUC